AUGUCAGAAAAAGAUCAUUCAAGCUCUCUUAAUGAAAAUGACGCAAUUUCCUCGGGUAAAUCAAUAACUCGCUCCAUAGAGAAAGAUUUUUCGUUUUCCGGUAAUUACACAGCGAUAAGUCCAGACAGUCAACAAAUUGUUACUUUUAAUCCAGAGAAACGCGAACUUAAGUUAUAUGAUACUGAUGAUUUGAGUUCAGUUAAAAGUACUUUUACGCUUAAACAUGUAGUUGAUGAUAAUCCCCUUCGUUGGUCUAUUGCAUUAUCUAAUUUUGUAUGUGUAGACAAUGAAAAUGAACGUCUCAUCGCUUUAUCUUGUUUUGGUGAAAAAGAAUUCGAAAUUUAUGACGACGAAGAAAAUGACUCAAAAUAUAGUGAUGACGAAGAAGACUUAGAAUCCGGUAAUAAAUACCAUCUUUCUCAAACACGGGUUAUCUCCGCUACAGAUGGAAAUGAAAUAUAUACUUCUAAAGAACAAAUUGGCGGUGUUGUAAGAUUCCUUGAUAGUGAUAGCGAUGAUAGUGAUCAACCGUUAAAAAACAAAGCAGUAAUCAUUAUAGUUAAUGCGUCAGGAAUUUAUAAAGAAACCAUAUAUAAUAUUGAAAGAAAAGGAUUUUUCUCAUCCAAGAUUGAUGAAUUCGAAUUACCCAAACAACUUUCAAGUCAUCUUCGUCUUUCAAAUGAUCAUUGGCAUAAUAUAUUAGAACUUUUACACACGAGUAUCAUUAAAAAUCAUUUUAUUGUACAUUCUUUUGAAAAUCGACAACAAUUCAUUGAAAUGUAUAGUUUAAUCACUGGUGAUCUAGAGAUUUUAUUUAAAUGCCAUGGAUCUUCGGUAGCUCCCAACAUAAUUUAUGGUUCUUCCAUCUUUGCCACCUCUCAAAAUGAAAAAAUUUUAGCAUUUUGUCGGGCUACUAGCAUCACGUUGUACUCAAUGGAAAAUGGUUUAGAAAUUACUACUAAAGGAUUAGAAGGUCAAGGAGAAAUUUAUAAAAUCAUUGCUAUAAAUUUUAUUGAUAAUGACAGCAAACUUUUAAUAGUUCUUGAAGAAAAAAAAGAUCAACUAGAUGAAAUUCUUAAGCGUCAAAUAUUUGUAGUAUGGGAUUUGUUUUCCACAUUUGAAAAUUCCAUACGUCAAAUUGAUUAUUCCGAAAUUAUAAACCCCCUAAAAAUGGAUCUCACAUAUAGAUUAAUGAAUUCUCAUGGAAAAAUGUUUGCGGUUAGAGAUAGUGGAAGUAUUAUUUCAGUAUUAGAUCAUAAAGAUGUUGCUUCAAUUAGAAAUCCACCAGCGAAUGUAAUAACAAAAAUUAAUUUGGAGAAAAAUACUUUCGAUGAUCAAAUAAGUAUAGAUAAUGUUUCAAACAUGAAAUUUUAUCUGGAUUCUACUAAAAGUACUCAACUCAUUAUAUCGCCGAACACUAUACAAGUAUGGAAAUAUCGUAGUAAAAAUAUAGAAAAACGUGAUAAACGUGAUCGAGUAUUAGAAUAUAUCUGGGCUCAAAAAAACAUGAUAAAUGUCCAAGAAUUAAGAGUCGGUGAACGAGAAUUCGUAUUAAAAAUUUUAGUACCUCCUACAAAAAUAAUUACAAUACAUUGGCCAAAUAAUGCAAAUGUUCUUGAAGGGGCAUGUCGAUCCCUAUAUGUAUUAGGAGCAUUAAGAGCGAAGAAACGUUCCAUAAAUAGUUUCGGGAUACUUAAUCAAAUUGACUAUUUGAUUGAACGCACACAAAGAUUAGUACGAAAAUAUAUUACAGAAUAUGGAAUAUUUAGGUUAACAAGUAUUAGAUAUCCAAUUAUGAAAUAUCUUAUUAAAGGUCAUCAAGAUGGUUUAAUAAAGCAUAUUUUAAAUGUGAAAAUUAAUGAUAAAAAUUGUAAUAUAUAUAUUCCGAGAUUAUAUGAAUGGGAAGAUAAUAAUAGAACCAAAAUAUUGAAGUCAGAUUUACGUCAUGCUAUUUCGUGUGUUCAAAAAAGAAAAGAUUCUACAGUAAUUUUAAAAUAUUUAAUAGAUUAUUAUUCCGAUAAUGCUAAAGAAUAUAAUAAUUAUGGUUGGAUGUUUACUGUAAGCGAAGCAAUACCUUCACUAUAUGAUAAUGAUUUAAGUGAAUUUGUUCGAUAUUUAUUCAAAAAACCAUGUUUUGGAACUACUGAAGCUUACACUUCACCAUUACACAUUACUUCUUAUGAUAAAAAGAGAGGAUAUAACUCAGAGAUGAUGCAUUCUUUGGUAGUAAAACCGUGUCUUGCAUCAGGUUUCUUUUAUUGGUUUCAAACUUCAGAUUAUGAUCCUAAAGUUUAUAUAGUCCCAUUACCUGAUUUUACAGUAUACCCCAGAGGCCCCCACCCCAAAUGUGAAAAUUAUUUUUGGAUGCUAGUCUCUUAUUUUCGAAUACUUUUGUGGCCACGUAAAAAAAUUAUUAAUAAUACUGAAGAAAUGAGUCCUUUUCUUCGUGUAAUUUAUGAAGAGAAAGGUGAUGAAAUCUAUCGGACACCUGCAAUUAUGGCAGUCUUAGAUUUCAAAUGGGCAGCUGCUCCAUCAAAAAUAGUUUAUUUACUUGAAAUAGAAUCAAAUAUAAUAUUAAAAUUUGUUCCCAUCGUGUAUGCAUAUUCUGGAUUGUAUUUAAUCACUAUGGAGAUUAUGGAAUUAAAAAGAGAAGGUCCGGGUAUUUUAUACGAACGUGAAAUAGUUUUGCAAAAAUCAGUAUAUAAUUCUGUUUUAGCGCUUACUGUUUUAGUUUUAUGGCUUGAAUUGAUAUUGCUAAUGAGAUAUUUUGUAUAUCCAGGACGUUUUAUUUAUAUAAUUAAAAGUAUUUUAAGACAUAUUUGGCCAUUCUUUGCAUUCAUGUUCAUUGCCAUAAUUGCAUUUGGUCACGCUAUGUUUAUUCUUAUCAAUAAGGAUGACUCAAGUUUACAAAUUCCUACUUAUAGAAUUAACGACACUUCGAAUUCAGGAUUAUAUUCAAAUAUAACAAUUUAUCAGGAUAUUGAUAAAUCUUCUCGUGUUGAUAAUUACUAUUCAAAUCUAAUUUCAUCAAUAGAAGCCGUAUUCUUUUGGAUCAAUGGAAGAUGGGAUCAAUUAAAUCAAUGGGAUUAUCCUUCCGUAGAUCUAAUAAGUAUACUAGGAAGUAUAAUAUUGGUUUUAAUUUUCCAAAAUAUAUUGAUCGCAUUUAUGAAUGGUGGGUUUGAGAAAGCAAAUGAAGAAAGCCUUACAGCAACUUUUAAGUUUCGUGCUGAAUUUGUUGCUAAAUAUGAAGCUCUUGUAAAACCAUCUGAUAAUAUACCAAAUCAAGGUUUUUCAAGUGAUUUAGAUAUUGGUAAAAUUUCAUUUUUUGAUGAUGAAAUCUUUCUGUCAAAAGUUGUUACAUCUAAAUCGAACAAGAAAUCACAUACCAAUUUGAAUUUGAAAUCAAGUAAUGAAUCUUUAUUCAAAGAUAUAGGUCCUACUGCUGACAUUGAUGAGAGAUUUAAUAACCUAAAAAAUGAAUUCAAUACAAGAUUUGAUGAAUUAGAACAAAAUUUAAAAACUAUAUUAAAGACUUUAAAUAACCUAAAUAAUCCCAAAUAG